CUUCUCUCAUGGAAAUGCCAAGCGGAAGCUUCACAGUUAUACAUCCAGUGAAAUAUCUGUCUUAUUGUUAUAUCUGUGACGACGGCAUAUGUGUUACAUUAUAUCUGUCCCGGUGUCCAGCCGAUCUAGUAGGUAAAUGUAUCCGGGUCGUUAGAAACGCCACGCUAGCAUCGUAAACUAAUCGCAGGGAUUUUAAUUAAUUAUAUUUGGUAGUGUGUCAAGUUGACAUGGUGCAAAUAAUCACUGAUUCCCUCUUACAGAAUCUGAUUUUCUGUCCAAAUAGCCAUAGAUAGUUAGCUAAUUUAAGUUUUGGACGAUUUGCAACUAGCAUGCUAAUGGCUAACAACGAAUGAGUUUGGGUCCUCCGCCAUGAAGAGCAUGCUGUUAUCUUUUCCGGCUCGCCUUAUCAAGAGAACAUGACACUCCCUCUGAUGGUGACGUGUAACUUAAGUUCUUUCAAUCUUUUUGACAUCUGCAGGUGCUGAAAUAAUCACUGCCCCACAUAUCCUCAUAGGCUAAUUCUGAAAAAGGAGUCUUAACAACAAGGCUUUAACAAAUACUUUAUGCAGGAAUCUUAGAACAUUAUGGCCCAUCUAGAGCAGGCAGAAUCUCAACUGGCUGAGAUAGAGCUACUCUCCAGUAUGUACCCAGGUGAAGACGAGCUGGUGAUUACUGACCAACUAGCUGUGGCUGAGCUCAGGGAGUAUGUGGAGGGAGCAACAGAUACCUAUCCUCUCUCCAGACCACACAUCCUCAUCAAACAGAAGAUGGACACUGACACUGUGAAGGGGGUGAAUGUGACCAUAUCUUGCACCUACUCAUCUGACUACCCUAAUGUCUUACCUGAAAUAGCUGUACGGUGUCCUGACCUUAACCGAUCCCAGCAGGCACAGCUUCACUCAGACAUGAACACCUACCUCUCAGAGAGCUGCCAUGGAGAUGUCUGCGUCCUCUCUGCCGUGGAGUGGGUCAAAGACAACGUACACCUGUACCUGACCGACAAGAGCACAUCAUCAACAGCAGCCCCUGGCAAGAAAGAGUCUCGGUUUACCUCCUCAUCUCCGCAGCCCAAAGAGCAGUUCAGUCGCCUGUGGAUCUACAGCCACCACAUCUAUAAUAAGAGGAAGAGGAAGAACAUUCUGGAGUGGUCCAAGGAGCUGGGUCUGUCAGGGUUCAGUAUGCCUGGCAAGCCUGGGAUCAUCUGUGUGGAAGGCCCUCAGUCAGCCUGCGAAGACUUCUGGGCCAGGGUGAAGGUUCUAACCUGGAAGAAGAUCAUUAUUCGCCACAGAGAGGAUGUUUCUGUGGACAGUCAGAGUGCUGAGGCCAGCAUGGCGGACAACAUCGAUUCCCUCCGUAGGUUCACAGGGUUCGAGGAGGCCAUGUUUGAUCCACACGGGAACAGAGGAAACCACAUGAACCUGGGUCAGCUCUAUCAGUACCUCAGUGAGAGAGGAUGUGGAGACGUCUUUCAGCUUUACUUUGGAAUUGAAGGAAGGUAGUAUAGCUGAUAGGAUUGGUAGUAUAGCUGAUAGGAUUGGUCCCAUAACUGUUGGUUGUACCCAAAUGAACGCUGUACCCAAAUGAACCAAUGGCAGGAAUCAAGAACCCAAAUGAACAAAUGGCAGGAAUCAUGUACCCACAUGAACCAAUGGCAGGAAUCAAGUACCCAAAUGAUCCAAUGGCAGGAAUCAAGAACCCAAAUGAACCAAUGGCAGGAAUCAAGUACCCACAUGAACCAAUGGCAGGAAUCAAGUACCUACAUGAACCAAUGGCAGGAAUCAAGUACCUACAUGAACCAAUGGCAGGAAUCAAGUACCUACAUGAACCAAUGGCAGGAAUCAAGUACCUACAUGAACCAAUGGCAGGAAUCAAGUACCUACAUGAACCAAUAGCAGGAAUCUAAGCAAUUGCACAUUAGAUGAUGCAUUCUCAGUAGGAGGAGCCUAGUAUGCUUUUAUUUGUUGUUUACUGCAUACAUUACUAAACAGUACGUUCUAAAUAGUACGAUUGGCACAGCAUGUUGUUUCAGUAAGUAGUAUGCAAGACAGAUUUUGGACACGGCCAUUGUCUAUGGGGGUUAUUUUUGAAUGUUAAAGAAAUCUGCUUUAUACCAAAAAUAAUCUACAGGUUGAGCUCAAACCACAGACCAUUUGUAUCAUUGAAUACAGACACACGAUCCACAACGUCCUUACAUACAGAACACAGUUGCUUCUCUGUAGAAUCCCUAUGACUGUUCUUAGCCUGACGCUCACCAACCAAUGUAGCACCUUAGGAGUCAGGGACAACAGGAAUUAAGAGAGGGGCAUCUGAUCCCGUCUGCUACCCUUUUAAAACCACAGCUAAUCCGCACAGAGACGAGCCCACAGCUAAUCCGCACAGAGACGAGCCCACAGCAAAUCCGCACAGAGACGAGCCCACAGCUAAUCCGCACAGAGACGAGCCCACAGCUAAUCCGCACAGAGACGAGCCCACAGCUAAUCCGCACAGAGACGAGCCCACAGCUAAUCCGCACAGAGACGAGCCCACAGCUAAUCCGCACAGAGACGAGCCCACAGCUAAUCCGCACAGAGACGAGCCCACAGCUAAUCCGCACAGAGACGAGCCCACAGCUAAUCCGCACAGAGACGAGCCCACAGCAAAUCCGCACAGAGACGAGCCCACAGCUAAUCCGCACAGAGACGAGCCCACAGCUAAUCCGCACAGAGACGAGCCCACAGCUAAUCCGCACAGAGACGAGCCCACAGCUAAUCCGCACAGAGACGAGCCCACAGCUAAUCCGCACAGAGACGAGCCCACAGCUAAUCCGCACAGAGACGAGCCCACAGUAAAGUGAGAAUGGGGGUUGGGUAGGGGUUUACUGAACCCCUUCUCAAAUACAGGCCUUUAAGUCUGAACCCUACUGGAGUUUAUCCUUCCUCUCUAAACACAGUUAGAUUCAGAACUGUGACACCAGGUAGGGGGAAAUCCCUAACUACCAGGGAGAAAAGAAAACCACCAGUGCUGUGGAUAUCAUUGCUCAGAUUUGUGUACGCCUGGUUUCCACACCUCGUCUCCAUCAGCCCCUAUUUUCAGAAGCGUGAGCUCCAGAUCCUUUGUAUUGUGAGUCCAGGAUCACCUGAAAGGUGGGAUGGUAGUUUGGACCAUAGUAGCAGUCAAAUGGAACACACUGAAACACAAAGUGAGAGUGGUUUUACAGAUUUGUCACAAGUCUGAUCAAACUUUAUUUUAUGCAUUCAAUACAUUCUACGAGCAAAAUACAAACAAAACCAUGUAAAAUAUAUUUAACUAUAAGAGUAGGGGUGGUAAAUGACUGAGUUAAAAACCUCAAUGGCUAUGAAUGGUUUGGCCCGGGAGAUGAGUAACCUUGCCUGAAAACAUACAUUAGCUUCCUGAGCCAAUAUCUUGGCUUUAGCACAGCAGGCUUCCUGAACCAAUGUUUUGGCUUUAGCACAGCAGGCUUCCUGAACCAAUGUCUUGGCUUUAUCACAGUUCAUCAUGAUUUGCACAUGUGAAAUACAGUAUGAGUUGAACCUGUAUAAUGAUUUUGUAGUUACAAAAAAUAUGAGGAUAAAUGCAACACUAGCAAGCGCAUAACGUGUGUGAAUAAAUACAA